GUUAUAUUAAAUAAUUUAGAUAACGUCACACACAUUGAGCUAAACUAACAUACCAAUAUUAGCAUUGAGAAUUCAGUUAUAUUUAGAGACAGAUAUUUAAUAAAAACAACAAACAAACUUUGUAGUCUGCAUAAAGAGAAGGCAAAUGUGAACUUACAGACUGCAUUUCCCAAAGGCACUGCUGUUAAAGGCUGUUACGUAUGAUUGGUUUCUUCAACCAUCGAUCAUCAAAGGAACGCCUCCCGAAGAGCGGUAUCUUAGCAACAUAGAUAAACCACUAGGCAGAAACAAGCUUCUGUUAGGAGCUUUAGCAUUGUGACAGUUGUUAGACGUAUUUUAUUGGGAACAUUUAUUCAUAAAAAUACAGAAAGCGGUGCAGCAAGGAUUCAGAAAUACCGUAGUCCAGUCACAACCUUCACGAAUUCACCAGAGAUAAUACCAAGUCCAGUCACAACCUUCACGAAUUCACCAGAGAUCUGUACAACUUGGAAUCUACAAUAAAAGUUCGUUGGCUGCACUCCAGUUUGAAAGUCAUCAAGCAGUUGAACAUGGCUACAGAGCUGGCAGUCCUGCCCCAGCAGCUCGAUGAUCCUGCCCAGCUGAAGGGCUCUCACACCCCUCAGCCUCGGACCCGAGCCGCCAAGGACUCUCUGAAAAUCCUGGACCCUGCCAGCAAGAAGCUGAGCUGCCUGGAGGCUCAGCGCAUCGCCUCAGUCCUGGAGGAGUGCAUCAGGAAGGCAGAGCUGAGCACCCUGCUGCCGUACUGCCUGCACAGCCUGGAUCGCUUUGGAGUGGUGCUGGGAGCCGAGCUGACAGGGGCCCUGCAGGAGCAUCGCCGGCUGGGAGACAAUCUACAAACCCUGCUGGAGAGGCAGGAGCCCCGAUGGGGAGAGAUGGGAGCACUGCAGCAAGCCAUCCGCAGCUCACUCAGGAACGUCCUGCGACUUUUCCAGGCCAACCCGGUGGCGUGCCAGACCCUGCGGUCAGAGAAGGGCAAGCGUGACCCAGCUGGGCAGGAGCUGGUGAGAGGCCUGACUGAGCUGCGGGGCAUCGUCUUUGACAAGCUGCUCACAGGGCCUGCAGAGGACCGCGAGAGGGCCCGCUAUGUCCAGGAGGUCGCCCUGCAGCACCACAAGAACAUGGUGGUGGUCAGCGCUCUGGAGGCAGAUGUGGAGUCCGCUAUUCAGGACAGGGAUACAGAGAUCUCCAAAAAGAAUGAGAUGAUCCGUCAGCUGAAGAGCUCCCUUCACCAGACAGAGAAGCUCUCCGAUGACUUCCUCAAGAAGACACGGCAUGAGUCGGACAAGCAGCUCCAGUCUGACCAGAAGGCCUCGGAAGUGAAGUGCGGCAAACUGCAGCAGGAGAUCACCCAGCUGCGGAGCCAGCUGAACAACCUGAUCACAGAGAACUGUGAGUCUGAGCUGGCACUCAGGAAGAGGAAGUACAAAGUGGAAACAGAGAUUGAAAACUGGAUACAGAAAUACGAUGCAGACAUGGGAGAGAAACAGGUGGAGCUGGAGCAGCUGCAUGCAGUGUACACUGAGGAGCAAGGGGAGCUGAAGGAGCUGGAGGAGCAUUUCGCAGUGCUGGAUCAGGAGUACAGUCAGAUCAUGGAGGAGCGGCGUCUAGCCCGGGAGAAGAAGGAGCAGGAGGAGCGCGAGCUCGUCCUCAUGAUCCGUGCCGCCACACUCAUCCAGGCUCUCUGGAAGGGGUACAAGGUGCGCAAGAUGAUGAAGAGCAAGAAGAAGGGAAAGAAAGGGAAAGGGAAGAAGGGCAAAGGGAAGAAGGGCAAGAAAUAAACUGGCACUGGUAGAUUGAACAAA